GAUGUCGAGUUGGCACUUUGGCUUUGAAGUUAGUUAGCGCGUCUGGUACGUUCUUGUUUUUGUGUUUUGCAGAAUAGUCUUUAGCCAGAGCGAGAUGACACUACGAAGAGUAAAUAUUUUAAUUCUGGUGCUGAUUGCCAUUGCAUUUCUGAUAAUUGUGCAUCGGAAUCUUCUGAAUCUGAAUGACUUUUUAAGAAAAGAAAACACAGAUACAUUACCAGGUGUUUUACACCCAUUUGAUCCUGACUUUGAGUCUCCACGUAAAUCUGGAGUUUCCAGAACAGGAGAAGAAAUUCCCGUUGUGAUCACUGCAGCUGAGGAGAGACUUGGUGCUGUGAUAGCAGCCAUGAACAGUGUAUACCACAACAGUAAAUCCAACAUCGUUUUCAACAUUGUAACGAUGAAUGACACAGCAGAUCACUUAAAAUUAUGGCUGAGCAAAACUCAUUUGAAUGAAGCAAAGUAUAAAAUUAUUCCAUUUGAACCAAAGAUUCUGAAUGGGAAGAUAUCAAAAGAUCCCCAGAAGGCUGACACUGUAAAGCCGCUGACGUUUGCCAGAUUUUAUAUGCCCCUGUUCAUACCGGAUGCAGAGAAAGCAGUCUAUUUGGAUGAUGAUGUCAUUGUACAAGGGGACAUCCAGGAACUGUUUGACACUAACCUCAAGGCUGGACAUGCAGCUGCCUUCUCAGACGAUUGUGACUCUGCAUCUUCCAAAGGAAUUGUCCGAGGGGCAGGAAACCAGAACAACUACAUCGGCUUCCUGGACUUCAAAAAGGAAGCAAUCAAAAAGCUUGGGAUGCGAGCCAACGCAUGUUCAUUCAACCCUGGUGUCUUUGUGGCCAAUCUGACAGAGUGGAAGCACCAGAACAUUACCAGCCAGCUGGAAACGUGGAUGGAGCGAAACGUGGAGGAGGACCUUUACAGCCGGACCCUAGCUGAUAGCGUCACCACCCCACCCUUGCUUAUAGUCUUCUACAAGCGCCACUCCAGCAUUGACCCAAUGUGGCAUGUCCGGCACCUUGGAUCCACCGGAGCUGGAAAUCGCUACUCCCCCCAGUUUGUGAAAGCUGCCAAACUGCUGCAUUGGAAUGGACAUUACAAGCCAUGGGGGAGGACUUCCUCUUUCUCUGAUAUUUGGGACAAGUGGUACGUUCCAGACCCAACUGGCAAAUUUCACCCGGUCCGAAGACACACUGAAGACAAGUAAACUUGUGAUCUUUCUGGACCACAAGUUACAUUGCUUUUUUCAUUGUCCUUUUCAGUGACUUCUCAGGAAGGUUUACAUGACACAAGAAUAUUCUGACACAUGAAAUCCAUUUCUUGUGCAGGACUAACAAGAUGUUUUUCAGCUGCAUGGCACUGUACAGGUUAAAAUACUGAAGAUUAUCUGUUAUAGUGCCUCAGGGACAUCUCACCGUCAUUUGCCAAGACUGUGAGAAGCAUUCCACCAACAUUUUGACCACUCUGCUUCUUAGAAACCAAGACUCAUGCAGUACGAAUGGCUGAUUGGCUUUUAAACCUGCAGCCUGCUUAUGUCAUCUCAGAUGUAGUUUCUGAUUGGCCAGAGGGUCGGUGUUUUGAUAAUCCUAGCCUAUUGCCGGUUGUGUCUUGCACUUUAACUUUCUACAUGUGUGGUGUUUAUACUAAUGUUAUUGCAGAAUUUCCAGUAUCAAGUUCAACUCCAUUGCUGUAAUUACUACCAGUGUAGAAAAAGGCUUGCAUUAUCAGAUACAGUAUUUAGAUAUGCUUUAGUUAUUACAUUCUGGCAGCUGCUGCUAUGGUGUGAAUGCGCACUGUUGAUUUAUGCUUUUUCUUGAGGAUGUAAGGAUUUGUACCACUUGACCAUCUUCACUUUACUUGUUGGAUGAAAAAAUGUUUUCAGGGAAAUAUUCCCAUUUCUGAUAUUUUUGUGGACAAUUGUAUGUAAAAAAAAAAAUCCAGAUAAUAUUUUAAACACU